AUGAGAGUCAAGUUGACAUGCCUCGUACUGUUGACGUUGAUAUCAUCCACGUUUUACCAGGAAGUUGAUGGCGCAGACCAGUAUCGUGAAAAAUCUUAUAACCUUUUCCAUAAAUGGGCACCAAAAAAAACAGUUUCCAGACUGCCAACUUGUAGACGGCCUUCGUCCGAGUAUGGAAACAUUGACUUACGCGAAAAUUACCAUCCCUCUGUAUUCCGUGAUUUAACAAAAAGAGAGAUCGGAGGCCUACUUGAUUUUCUUUAUUCUGAUUCAAGUCUAAAUCUUACUGUCGCUGCCAAUGCCUCAGUAUCAUCUAACUACAUUUUUGUUGCUGAUCUCUUUUUACCACCCAAAAAAGAUGUACUAAAUUACCUUGAUAAUGGCGGUCUACAACCUAAGCGUGAAGCCCAUGUGAUGAUUUUCCGAGGGGCUAUUCCUGUACCGGAUGUCAUUGAAAUUAUUGUUGGUCCUCUGCCAAAGCCUACAACCUACCGACAUGUUCCAUAUCGUCCUAAAUCUCUUCCUUUUAUAGACAGACCUUUUAACGCGGGAGACAACAUAGAAAAAGUCUUGGAUUUGUUAGACAAGAAACUUGGUGAUAUGCUGUUUGACUUGUAUGGAGGUCGUUUAGUUAAUUGCAGUAACAGAUGUUUGACAGCGAACUUAUUCAACCAGGUCACUUCUGUUUUGUCCGGUGUUAGGAAACGGAGAUAUUUUUGGUGGUUAUAUAGUGAUGUAGACUAUAGUAUAAUAAGGCCUUUGGAUUUUGCGUUUUUAGUUGAAUAUGACCUUGACAAAUUUGCUCUGCCGAACAUAUGGUUUGAUGGACAAUUAUUCAAAAGUUUGGAAGAUGUUCUUCAAUAUUAUUAUAAAUACAAGAAUUAUAUACAAAAAGUUCCCUUUCCAGUCAUUACUGAAAAAUCUCGACGUAUUAUAAAAUCGAGAGGAACGCCACCUUUCAAGAUACCUUUGAGGGACCCCCAACAAGUUUCUCCCGACGGUAAACGUUAUAAUAUAAAAGACAGACAUAUAUCAUACGGGUAUUGGGAAUUCGACGUGGCAAUGGCACCUUUCUAUGGUCCAAGGCUAAAUGAUAUUCGGUAUAAAAAUGAACGUAUUGCGUAUGAAAUAAGUACACAGGAAUUAGCAGCCGCUUAUUUCGGCUAUAAGCCUUAUGAAUAUUCAGCUUUAUACCAGGAUAAUAGAUAUCAGUCUGGUACCUUAGCAAAGUAUCUGGUUCCCGGAGUUGAUUGUCCUAUGGAUGCUACCUUCCUUAGCUCAGCUUUUAAAGUUGAAUUUGCUGAUAAACCUCUAUUUAAUCAAAACGCAUUUUGUGUAUUUGAAUUCAACACAGGACUACCACUAAGGCGUCACCAUGCAUAUUUUAAAAAUGUUCAUAGUUAUUAUGAAGGUGUUGAAAAUAUUGUUUUGAUUUUACGAACAAUUCCGUCAGUCUUUCCGUAUGAUUACAUUCUCGAUCUUAUAUUUUAUCAUAAUGGGGUCAUUAAGGUUAAAGUGACUGCUUCCGGUGUCGUGGUUGGCACAUGGUAUGGAGGAGAUAAUCCAUUUAGCUCCCAGCUUGAGAACAAUCUCAUGGCACCUUUACAUCAUCACCUGUUUCACAUCAAAGUUGACCUUGACAUAAAGGGAACAAAGAAUAGAUUCGAAACACUUGAUAUUGAACCAGAAGUCACUCACAAUGAAGUAAGCGAUGACCCCAACGCAACAAUAGUGCAAAGUAAAUUUACAAAACGACUUAAAAAGACUGAAUUGGAAGGAGCAUGUAAAUAUGAAUUCAGCCACCCAAAGACUUUUACUUUUGUUAAUAAUAAUGUUAAAGACCAGAAUGGCAAUUCGGCAGGAUACAGGUUGAUAAAUAAUGGAAUGACUAAGAACAUCCGACCCUCAUGUGAUGGUAACAACCCAGCUGUCAGUUGGUCGCAGUAUCAAGUGGCAGUUACAAAGUACAAAGACAGCGAACCCUCAAGUAGCAACAUGUUUGCACAUUCUAACAAUCCUGUAUUUAAUUUUCAACAAUUCAUCGACGAUAACGAAAAUAUUGUAGACGAGGACCUUGUUGCCUGGGUUACAAUGGGAAUGUACCACAUCACUCAUAAAGAAGAUAUACCUGUCACUCAUACUCCAGGAAUGUCACGAAGUUUUUAUCUGACGCCAUUUAACUAUUUUGAUGAAAGCCCUGGAAUGUCAGUAAACAAUGCAGUUCGAAUAGAUGCUGUGUAUAAAGAUGGCAAAACCACGUCUGUUGAUAUACAACGACAUGGGAUAAAGAGUGAUGUAAAUUGCAUCCCAAAGAAAAAUCCCUUUGAGGCGAUGUUAAAACAAAAUCCAUGUCCUGUUGUGGAAUGUUAA